GUCGCCGUGCUGUGUGCUGGUGGUGCUGAGGAGAGAGCAUCAUUUCCGGCUGCUCCCUCACGCAGAGAGGCCGACGCGAUGUGUGGAGUUACAGAGUUAAUGUUUUUAUCAUCUUUACGCGUCUUUUAAAGCCGUCUGCUCUCCGUCUCCUGGCCGUCGCGGACAUCCCGACCUGAUGGUGGAUUUGGCCCAAAGUGUCGCAGCGUCGCCCGGACUCUGCAGGCACGGACAGCAGGGCUGCGGUUCCACUAACAACGGGAGGAAACCGUCCAAAAGGUCGCGAACGAGACGAGGCAAACGAGGCAGAAGACGGAGGACCAAACGUAGCAGAAACAAUAAAACACCACCACCGUUUCUGCCGCCGGAGGCUGAAGAAGGAAACAUUGAAUAUAAGUUGAAGCUGGUCAACCCCACUCAGUAUCGCUUUGAGCAUCUGGCCACGCAGCUAAAGUGGCGUCUUCAGGAGGGCCGUGGUGAGGCUGUCUAUCAAAUCGGAGUGGAAGACAACGGCCUGCUGGUUGGUCUGACUGAGGCCGACAUGAAAUCUUCUCUCAAGACCUUGAAGAGGAUGGCAGAGAAGGUUGGUGCUGAUAUCACACUGCUCAGAGAAAGAGAAGUGGACUAUGAUCUGGACAGAAAUACCAGAAAAAUUGCAGAGGUCCUUGUUCGAAAAGUUCCUGAUGAUCAGCAGUUCUUGGACCUGCGCGUGGCCGUGCUGGGUAAUGUGGACUCRGGGAAGUCAACCCUGCUUGGUGUUCUGACGCAGGGGGAACUGGACAAUGGCCGAGGCCGAGCCAGACUUAACCUUUUCAGACACCUGCACGAGAUCCAGACCGGACGCACCUCCAGCAUAAGCUUUGAGAUCCUGGGCUUCAACAGCAAAGGAGAGGUGGUGAACUACAGCGACUCUCGGACAGCUGAGGAGAUAUGUGAGAGCUCGUCUAAGAUGAUCACUUUCAUUGACUUGGCAGGACACCACAAAUAUCUGAAGACCACUGUUUUUGGCCUCACCAGCUACUGCCCUGACUUUGCCAUGCUGGUGGUGAGUGCCAAUACUGGCAUAGCUGGUACCACCCGGGAACACUUGGGCCUGGCCAUGGCACUGAAGGUUCCCAUCUUUCUAGUUGUCAGUAAAGUGGACCUGUGCUCCCGAGGCACCGUGGACCGAACUGUGCGUCAGCUGGAGCGAGUUCUGAAGCAACCGGGCUGCAACAAGGUGCCCAUGGUGGUGUUGAACCCUGACGAUGCCGUAACUGCUGCGCAGCAGUUCACACAGUCCACAUGUGUCACGCCCAUCUUCACCCUGUCCAGUGUGUCCGGAGAGAGCCUGGACCUCCUGAAGGUCUUCCUGAACAUCCUUCCUCCACUCAGCAACAGCAAAGAGCAGGAAGAGCUGAUGCAGCAGCUCACAGAGUUCCAGGUAGAUGAGAUCUACUCAGUUCCUGAUGUUGGGACAGUUGUGGGAGGAACUCUGUACAGUGGUGUGUGCAGGGAGGGUGAACGGCUGGUGGUGGGUCCAACAGACGAAGGUCGAUUCCUACGUCUGAAGGUGGGCAGCAUCCAGAGGAACCGCUCAGCCUGCAGGGUCCUGAGGGCCGGACAGGCAGCCACGCUGGCUCUGGGAAACUUUGACCGCUCUCUGCUGCGCAAGGGAAUGGUGAUGGUCAGCCCUAAGAUGAACCCAACGAUCUGCUGUCAGUUUGAAGCUGCCAUCGUUCUGCUCUUUCAUGCUAAGACUUUCAGACGGGGGUCACAGGUCACCGUACACGUUGGUAACGUCAGGCAGACGGCAACGGUGGAGUGCCUUCAUGGAAAGGACGAGCUGCGAACAGGUGAGAGGGCCGUCGUUCGCUUCCGCUUCAUCAAACACACUGAGUACCUGCGAAUGGGAGCGAAGCUGCUCUUCAGAGAGGGUGUCACCAAGGGCAUUGGUCAUGUGACACGCUUACUGCCCCCUUCUCAGAACCACGACCAGAACCAGAACCAUGACCAGAACCUGCAGGAUUAUUAGACACUGCAUCACCAACAGAGAGCUCAUCAAAAAACUUGGCCAAGUUGGAGGUCAUCCAGACAUUGUCCUGCUUCAUAUCAGCGUAAUAAUCUGGCCGUCGUGGGUCCACGUUUAUCUCCUUGUUCUUGUCUGCAGUGCCCAUCUUCCUCAGCAGGCGGUCCUGUCUUGACUUCAAGUUGGAGGACCUCAGUGGAUUUAAUCUGAUGUUGUACCACUGACUGAUACAUGAGGGAGAAGACUGCUGGAUUAUUUUUCCAGGGAUUUGAAGAAUGACUUUAAAGCAUCACAACACUCACUCAUUUUUUGAGGUGAUAGAACUGGUUGUUUAAUUCAGUUCAGUGAUACAGUGUCAGUUCACAGCAGACUCAGGCUUCUGUACAAAAAAUAAGUCCAAAUCCUAAAUUGAACUCUUAGAUUCAAAUCCAAAUAAAAUCUGUUCUUAAUAUAAUACAGUACAUUGGUUUCCAGCACAUUAUAAAACACUAAUUAGUAAAAUUUAUUUAUUUAAUAAAGUCAGCAGAAUGCAA